AUGAGUGGGGAAAAUCAGUCAAGUGUCUCUGAGUUCAUGCUCCUGGGACUCCUCACACAGUUCCAGGAGCAGCAGCAACAGAUCCUCUUCGUGCUCUUCCUGAGCAUGUACCUGGCCACGGUCCUGGGAAACCUGCUCAUCAUCCUGGCCAUCAUCGCAGACUCCCGCCUGCACACCCCCAUGUACUUCUUCCUCAGCAACCUGUCCUUUGUAGACCUCUGCUUCUCCUCCACCACCGUCCCCAAGAUGUUGGCCAACCAUAUACUUGAGAGUCAGACCAUCUCCUACACUGGGUGUCUCACACAGCUGUAUUUUCUCAUUGUGUUUGUCAACAUGGACAAUUUCCUCCUGGAUGUGAUGGCCUAUGAUCGCUACGUUGCUGUGUGCCACCCCUUACACUACACAACAAAGAUGACCCCUCAGCUCUGUGCCCUGCUGAUGGUUGGAUCGUGGGUCACUGCCAUUCUGAAUGCUCUGUUGCACACCUUACUGAUGGUUCCACUUUCAUUCUGUGCAGACAACAGGAUCCCCCACUUCUUCUGUGAUGGGAGUCUCUUGAAACUCUCCUGCUCUGACACAUAUCUCAAUGAAAUGAUGAUUCUCAUUGUACCAGGACUGAUCAUGAUUUCUCCAUUUAUUUGCAUCCUCAUCUCAUACAUCCUUAUUGUGUGUGCAGUCCUGAGAGUCCCGUCCACAAAGGGAAAGUGGAAAGCCUUCUCCACCUGUGGCUCCCACCUGGCUGUGGUUUCCCUCUUCUAUGGCACCAUCAUCACCCUGUAUUUCAACCCUUCAUCCACCCACUCAGCUGAGACAGAUACUGCAGGGACUGUGAUGUACACGAUGGUGACCCCCAUGCUGAACCCCUUCAUCUACAGCCUCAGGAACAAGGACAUGAAAGGGGCUCUGAGGAAAAUGGUUGCCGUGGGAUUUUUCUCUGCUUAA